CAACAUCGUAAUAAAUUGCGCGGGCAGGCUACCAUGAGAUGCGCACGACACUUCCUUUUCUCACCGCCUUCAUGAAAUCUCUCCUUCGGUGGUAUCUACUGAGAUGUCCCCCGUUGAGAGCCCGGAAUCUCUCCUCAAUGGAGACCGUCAUGUUAAACGCAGGAGGAAUUCGACGAUUCUCAAUCCGAGAUCUUAUGUAACCGCAGACUUAUGGAAGCAGGCGCCUGUUCUGAAAGGCAGCACGAAAUUCGAACCGCUCCCGAACGUGAGGAAUAUUCUGGUUACGGGCGGGGCAGGAUUCAUAGCGUGCUGGUUCGUCCGCCAUUUGACGCUCACUUAUCCAGACAACUACAACGUCAUCUCUUUCGAUAAGCUAGAUUAUUGCGCCACUCUUAAUAACACACGAAUACUCGACGAAUUCCCGAACUUUACCUUCGAGCAAGGAGAUAUAACUUCGCCGUCGGACGUGAAGAAGUGCUUGCGCAAGCACAAGAUCGACACCAUCUUCCAUUUCGCUGCCCAAUCACAUGUUGAUCUCAGCUUCGGCAACUCCUAUCAAUUCACCAACACCAACGUAUACGGAACACAUGUUCUAUUAGAGAGAGCGAGGGAACAUGGUGUCACUAGAUUCAUACACAUUUCGACUGACGAGGUGUAUGGCGAUGUACCAAUUGGGGCAGCGGACUUGAGCGAGACUAGUUUACUCGCCCCAACAAAUCCGUAUUCGGCAAGUAAGGCUGCGGCGGAGAUGAUGGUCAGCGCAUAUCGGAGUAGUUUCAAGUUGCCGCUUAUCACUGUGAGGAGCAACAACGUUUAUGGUCCCCACCAAUUCCCCGAGAAGAUCAUACCGAAAUUCAUCAUGCUACUUCAGCGACGAAGCAAGUUACUAGUUCACGGAGACGGAUCGCCGACACGUCGUUACGUGUAUGCGAGCGAUAUUGUUGAUGCUCUGGACACCAUUUUACACAAAGGAGCCAUUGGCCAGAUCUACAACAUCGCAUCAAAGGAUGAAAUCUCAAAUACGGAUAUAUGCCAUCGAUUAUUGGAGAUUUUUGGAGCGCGCCACAAAACACCCCAAGAAUUCCAGAGAUGGGUACAACACACAGAAGACAGACCGUUCAAUGACCAGCGAUACGCUACUAACGGAGCAAAGCUAGCGGCUCUCGGAUGGCGACCGAAAACUAGUUUCGAAGAAGGACUAAAAGCAACUGUCGACUGGUAUCAGCGGUUUGGGGAGGUAUGGUGGGGAGAUAUUAGCAGAGUGCUUACAUCGUUCCCUGUAGUGGAGGGCACUGAGAUUUGGACGAAGGAAGAGCAUGAUGCCCUGCCUUCUGACGAAGAGCUUGGCCCUGAAGAGAAUGGUACGGUCUGGACAAAGAAGGCUCUCAGUAGUCUGCAGGCCUCAGGGGGAACUAUUGCCUAAGAUCCGACAGCAUCAUUUGUAGCCUUAGCAUCCACUUAUGUGGAAUAACUGGGAUACCCAAAAUAAAAU